AUGAAAGAGAGGGACCGUCCAUUCUACCAAAUCGUCGAUGGCCACCGCCUGCCUGGUAUCUUCCGGGAAGACGUUUACCGUAGCGGCCUGCUCUACAAGCCAGUAGAAGGCGACGUCGUUUUGGACACCUUUCCCAAGUCCGGAAGUCACUGGGUGUUAAAAAUUUUGAAGGAAUCUUACCGGCUCUGCAAGGGCAUUACCCCAGGAUCGACUUUUCUGGAGAUGUUUGGUUUGGAAGGUGUUCUGAGAGCAGAUCGUCCAAGGAUUGUUUGCACACAUUUGCCUCUGACUCUUUUACCGUUCGUACCGUCUGUUAAAUAUAUCUACUUAGCAAGAAAUCCGAAGGACUGUUGCGUGUCUUUCUACAACCACACAAAGAUCAUACCAGAGUACGGUUUCCAGGAUGGCACAUUCGACGAGUAUUUUGAAAUCUUCCUGGAUGGCCUUACGGAUUUCGGAAACUAUUACGAUAGCAUUCGAUCGUGGUAUGCUAAGAGAGACGAGCCGAAUGUGCUAUUCUUGACAUAUGAGUCACUACACGCUGACAUCUGGGGAUCGGUGAUUAAGCUAGCCGGCUUUGUGGACCAAGCCUUGGCUGAUGAGCUUUCACAAGAUGACAACAAGAUGCAAACUGUCCUGGAAGAAAUUAACAUAAACAACAUGAAAAAGAAUUUGCCGCUCCAGUUCGUUAGGAAAGGCGUCGUGGGAGAGUGGAAGCACUACUUCUCAGAAGAACAGUCCCGGAAGUUGGAAUCCAGGUUUUUUCUUGAAAUGGAGGAGACGACAGUCCCUGAGAUAUGGGAGAGUGUCGACUGGCUGCUUGAUUCAGCUAAGCAAAAUUAUACUUGCUGAAUUUUUACUGAACAAGCUGUCGUAAUUUCCUGAUCAACAAAUAGCAGACUAAAUGUGGUACAUGCGAAGUUUUUUUGUUUUUGUUCUUUUUCCUAUAUCUCUAACAAGAAAAAUGCGACUUUACCUGUUUUGUUGCCUGCGAAAAGUAACCAUCUUUUAGCAAACUUUUAGAAGAUACGUUAUUCGGACACUCGGCAUUUAACCUGCAUUGUCUAGUUACUGUACGCACUUUUUUCUGGUUUGUAUUUGUUUCUAAAAUACUGUUUAUCAUGUGAAUAACUUACUGACUAUGAAAUAUACAUUUUCCACUCAUUUGCUUAUUAAGCCAAGGUAUAAGUUUUAUCACUAAAACUGAAUUCUUUCGCGCGUGUAUGCAUUUUUACAAAUGUUAAAUAAAUUUGAAUGUAUUUGUUGCUACUGA